UUUACUCCAUCUCUCUCUCUCUCUCUCUCUCUCUAUCCGUUUCUCUCCCGUGCCUCUUGUGUAUGUAUGUUUGUUGGAUUCCCACCUAUUUUUCCAAAACACAAAGCACUAAAGAGAAAGUUUUGGAGAGAGAAACGCUCCUGAGAUCGGAGAGAAGUAGAAAGUUAUAGAGAGAGAAACCUCUGGUGAAUGCUCACCCAACAGGCUCCAGCCUACGGCGAGUCUUCCUCUCGCAGGUAGCGAAAUGCAGUGACUACUUGUUAGUAUGAAUGACCCAAAAAUGCGCGAAACUGCACUGCUACUCUGUGACGAUCCCAACGACGUCGUUUCCAACAGCAAGAAGAAGAAAUCAGACGACCCAGCUCACCAGCUGGUGCUCGGAGUCGGGCGUAGCCGAUCCCAAGGCGGAACAAGGAGAGUGACACCAACGACGCUAACCAACUCGCCUGCCCUGACCGCCGCCGGCGCGUGCGGGUCGAGCGUGAGCGUGGAGAAGCCGCUUCCGAACGGGGAUCUCUACAUCGGUAGCUUCGCGGGGAGCGCGCCGCACGGAUCGGGGAAGUACCUGUGGACGGACGGGUGCAUGUACGAGGGUGAGUGGCGGAGAGGGAAGGCCUCGGGAAAGGGAAGGUUCUCUUGGCCUUCUGGGGCGACUUACGAGGGGGAUUUCAAGUCGGGUCGGAUGGAGGGCUGCGGGACCUUCAUCGGAUCCGACGGGGACACUUACCGCGGGGCGUGGAGCUCCGAUCGGAAGCACGGGUACGGCCAGAAGCGCUACGCCAACGGGGACUACUACGAGGGGCACUGGAAGCGUAACCUGCAAGACGGGGAGGGCCGGUACGUGUGGAAGAACGGGAACGAGUACGUGGGGGAGUGGAAGAACGGCGUGAUUUCCGGUCGGGGCGUGCUGAUUUGGGCCAACGGGAACCGAUACGACGGGGAAUGGGAAAACGGCGUUCCGAAAGGGAACGGGGUUUUCACGUGGCCGGACGGGAGCUGCUACGUGGGUUGCUGGAACAAGGACCUCAAGAUUCAGCUUGUGAAUGGGACGUUCUAUGCUGGAAAUGGGCAGGGCAAAGAGCAAUGCUUGAAGAACAACAAUGGGGCUUUGCUGGGGGGUGAGAAUUUGACAAUAACGAUGCGGAAGAGGUCGUCGGUGGACGGCGCGAGAGGGAGCUUGACGGACCGGAGUUUUCCUAGGAUUUGCAUAUGGGAAUCUGACGGAGAAGCCGGCGAUAUUACCUGCGAUAUAGUCGACAAUGUGGAGGCCUCCAUGUUUUAUCGGGACGGGACGGGGUUCGAUCGCGACGGGUUUCGGCAGUUUCGACGGAAUCCGUGCUGUUUCACCGGGGAGGCCAAGAAGCCCGGUCAGACGAUAUCCAAGGGCCAUAAGAAUUACGAUUUGAUGCUUAAUCUUCAAUUGGGGAUUAGGCACUCUGUUGGAAAACAUGCGUCUAUAUUGCGUCAGCUGAAGCCGAGUGAUUUUGAUCCCAAGGAGAAGUUCUGGACGAGGUUUCCAACCGAGGGAUCGAAGAUUACGCCGCCCCAUCAGUCAGUAGAGUUCCGCUGGAAAGAUUACUGCCCCAUGGUGUUUAGGCGUUUGAGGGUGCUAUUCCAAGUAGAUCCUGCCGAUUAUAUGCUGGCUAUUUGUGGGAAUGAUGCUCUUCGGGAGCUUUCUUCUCCGGGAAAGAGUGGAAGCUUCUUUUACCUCACUCAGGAUGAUAGGUUUAUGAUAAAAACAGUCAAGAAAUCAGAAGUCAAGGUGCUUAUUAGGAUGCUUCCAAGUUAUUAUCAACAUGUUUCUCGGUAUGAAAAUUCCCUGGUGACAAAGUUCUUUGGGGUGCAUUGUGUCAAACCGAUUGGUGGCCAGAAGACCCGGUUUAUCGUGAUGGGCAAUUUAUUCUGCUCAGAAUAUCGUAUCCAUAGGCGAUUUGACCUCAAAGGAUCCUCUCAUGGCCGCACGACAGAUAUGCCUGAGGGUGAGAUUGAUGAAACCACCACCCUCAAGGACCUUGAUCUUAAUUUUGUGUUUCGCCUCGAGCGGAAUUGGUACCAAGAGCUCAUCAAACAAAUUGAACGAGAUUGCGAGUUCUUGGAAGCAGAGAGAAUCAUGGACUACAGUCUUUUGGUUGGUCUUCACUUCCGUGAUGACAAUACAUGCGAAAAAAUGGGGUUAUCACCUUUCCUCUUGCGAACUGGAAAAAAGGAUUCAUAUCAAAAUGAAAAGUUUAUGCGUGGUAGCGAAAUGCAGUGA